CCUGUCUCCCGGCACAGUAUCUCAGCCAUUCCAAGAGGAUCACAGAGAAGGAGCAGGGGCUGGAGAGACAUGGCUGAUUUGAGACUCACAGACUUCAACUGGCAGAUACAAGCUAAUGGAUAUGCUCACCACACAGACAAGUACUACAGCCAAGAGCUGAUCACAAGGAGGGGGCAGCCCUUUAAUGUCAAGAUGUCUUUCAGCAGACCUAUCACCUCUCAGGAGAGGCUGAUCUUCACAGCCUCAACAGGUCCAAACCCCUCUGAAUCAGCCCGGACCAAAGCCGUGAUGCCGUUGUCUACUGGGUCAAGCGGCAGUUCCUGGAGUGCAGUACUCGUGUCCAACAACCAAGACGGUUCAAUGACCAUUGCCAUCUCCAGUCCAGCCAAUGCCCCUAUUGGUCGAUAUACACUCAGCAGUCAGAUCGUCUCUCAAGGUGGAAGCACCUCCACAACUCUGGGGACAUGGGUUCUACUGUUUAAUCCCUGGCUGCAAGCGGAUGCUGUAUUCAUGAGGAAUAAUGCAGAGAGAGAAGAAUAUGUGGAGGAAGAUGCUGGUAUCAUAUACGUAGGGAGCACAAAUCGAAUCAAUAUGGUUGGCUGGAAUUUUGGACAGUUUGAAGAAGACAUUCUGAACAUUUCUCUCACGAUCCUGGACAGGAGUCUCAACUUUCGCCGUGACCCCGUCACAGAUGUGGCCCGAAGAAAUGACCCUAAAUACAUUGGCCGAGUGCUGAGCGGCAUGAUCAAUGGCAAUGACGAUAAUGGGGUGUUAUCUGGGAACUGGAGUGGAGAUUACACUGGAGGCAAGGAUCCCCGGAACUGGAACGGCAGUGUGGAGAUCCUGAAGCAAUGGAAGAAAAAUCGUUUCCAACCUGUCCGCUUUGGCCAAUGUUGGGUCUUUGCUGGGACCUUGAAUACAGUGCUUCGGUGUUUGGGGAUCCCUGCCCGGGUGAUCACUAACUUUAACUCAGCCCAUGACACAGACCGUAACCUGACCAUAGAUGUCUACUAUGAUGCUUUGGGAAACCCAUUAGAAAGAGGGAGUGACAGUAUUUGGAAUUUCCAUGUCUGGAAUGAAGCCUGGUUUGUUCGAAUUGACUUGAGCUCACAAUAUAAUGGAUGGCAAGUGUUGGAUGCAACUCCACAGGAGAGAAGUCAAGGAGUGUUCCAGUGUGGCCCUGCUUCUGUCAUUGCCGUCCGAGAGGGUGAUGUGAACCUGGACUUUGAUAUGCCUUUUGUGUUUUCGGAAGUAAAUGCUGACCAGAUCACCUGGAUUAUUGGCCCUAAUGAUAACAAAAAGCAAACCUCCUCCAAGACCAGCUCUGUGGGCAGAUUUAUCAGCACAAAGGCUGUGGGCAGCAAUUCCCGCAUGGAUGUCACAGACAAAUACAAAUAUCCUGAAGGUUCCAAAGAGGAGAGGGAGAUAUUCAACAAGGCUCUACAGAAAAUGAAGCCCACUUCUACUUUCGGGGCCACGGCUGCUGGGGGCGUAAACCCAGAAGAGAAGCCAGCCUCCAUCUCUGGGAAGUUCAAGGUCAAUGGCACCCUGGAAGUGGGGAAAGAGGUCAACCUGGUUCUGCAGCUCAAAAACCAGAGUGACGACUGGAAGACGGUCACGGUGAAUAUGACGGCCUGGACGAUUGUCUACAACGGGACUCUGGUACAUGAGGUGUGGAAGGACUCCAUCACCGCCUCUCUGGACCCCAAAGAAGAGGCGGAGUACCCACUGAGGCUCACAUACGCUCAGUAUGAAAACUUCUUGACGGCUGACAAUAUGAUCCGAAUCACUGCCGUGUGUCAGGUUACGGACGAAGCCGAGGUCGUAGUGGAGAGAGAUGUCAUCCUGGACAACCCUGCCCUCACUCUGGAGUUAAUGGACCAGGCCAGAGUGCAGACCCCUGUAAGGGUGCGCGUUUGGUUUGCCAACCCCCUAGAUGAACCAGUGAAUAACUGUGUGCUCACGGUGGAAGGCAGCGGUCUCAUGCGGGGCAAUCUCAAGAUCGGCGUGCCGAACCUUCUCCCCAAGGAGCGCUCCAACUUCAAGUUCGAGAUCACCCCCCUCAAGAGCGGCACAAAGCAGCUGCUCAUUGACUUCUCCUGCAGCAAAUUCCCCGCCAUCAAGGCCUUCCUGUCUGUGGACGUGACCGAAUGAGGAGGCCGGAGCUCCCUGCUGUCCGCCCCCUCCCGCCUGGCUAGGCUGGGGUCAAGGGCUUCCUGAAGCAGCCGUGUGGCUCAGCUGGGGCCUCCUGCCUGGGAAGCCCCAGGCUGCUCGACACCUCUGUCAAGUCUCCCUCCCCCCCACACACACAUCCCUUCUCCAAAACACACACCUGCAGCCCCUCCCACACACAUCUUCUCAUACAUCUCACAGACAUUGUUUCUCGCAUAUGUGUGCACUCCUAUUCUCCUCUGAUACACAUAUGCACACCCUUUCUCUGUCUCUCCUUCUCAACACACACACACACACACACACACAC